UACAAACGGCUACACCCUGGAGACCCGACUGUCAGGGGACUCGAUUACUUGUCGAGCCCGUUACAUUUCUCUCAGCUCGAUCGCUCCCAACCCACUUAUCUGUGUUUCCCCACCCCGCAGGUCAAGCGCUUUUCCGCGCCGGAUUUCAUUGGGGCGGGGGGCUGGCUACUGGAGCGGGGGUUACUCGAGAGAGUAAGAAAGGGCAGGCCCCUUAUCAUCAUCAUCAUCAUCACUUCCACUCCCUUCAUCAUUCUCAAACAUCAUCAUCAACGCGACGAGGCGUGUCUGCGGUCACUCGACUCGGCGUUGCGAUAGAAACAUACCGGAACAUCAAGCAGCAGCUGCACACGCCGAAUCAAGCGAACAAAAAUGCAUCGCAUUGACCGCGCGCCGAGCCCGGAUGCUGUUUGAUGUAGGCCCGCGGCACACAUUUUGUUAAUUAUUUUUUUGAUCUGGAAAUUUCUUAACUGUUGGGAGAGCGCGAGCGAGCAGUGCGGCCUAACAUCCGCUGCAUCCGGCUGAAUGAACGAUGCGGACUUUACCAGCGCCCUGAUUCACACGGAUGACCGUUUCACCACAUCGGACCAGCGUCUCUUUUCUGCGAUCUGCGAGUUUUUGUGGGAUUUACGGGGAUAGCUCGUAGCGGAGAUACAAUGUGGAAGUGGAGACGGCUGAUGCGGUUGUCCAACCGCUCCUUAAUGGCCUUUCUCUUUUUCUUCUCCAUGUCCACGACCUGCCUGUACUUCAUCUAUGUGGCUCCUGGAAUAGUCAACACGUAUUUCUUCAUGGUACAAGCUCAGGGUAUCAUGUUACGAGACAAUGUACGGACCAUUGGCCACAUGAUCAGGCUAUACACCAAUAAGAACAGUACUCUGAAUGGGACAGAUUAUCCAGAUGGGAAUAACUCGAGUGAGUAUAUUGCUCAGCCAACCACAUACCUCCCUGAAAACUUCACCUUUGCUCAGAACCUUCCCUGCCCCGAGCGGUUACCUUCUAUGAAGGGUCAGAUGGACGUCAACAUGACAGAGGUUCCUAUAGAGGUGACUGAACUGAGGCUUAAACACCUGGACAUUCAGUUUGGAGGCCACUGGAAGCCCAAAGAUUGCAAACCACGCUGGAAGGUGGCCAUAUUAAUCCCCUUUAGGAAUCGCCAUGAACAUCUCCCCAUUCUCUUUCAGCACCUCACUCCUAUGCUCCAACGCCAACAUUUGCAGUUUGCCUUCUAUGUCAUAGAACAGACAGGUACUCAGCCGUUCAACCGUGCCAUGCUGUUUAAUGUGGGCUUUAAAGAGGCCAUGAAAGACCUAGACUGGGACUGUGUGGUGUUUCACGACGUCGAUCACAUUCCGGAAAAUGACCGUAAUUACUACGGUUGUGGUCAGAUGCCUCGACACUUCGCAGCGAAGCUCGACAAGUACAUGUACAUCCUUCCUUACAAUGAGUUCUUCGGUGGAGUAAGUGGACUUACUGUCGAACAAUUCCACAAGAUCAAUGGCUUUCCCAAUGCGUUCUGGGGCUGGGGCGGAGAGGACGAUGACCUCUGGAACAGGGUUCAUUAUGCAGGUUUCAAUGUUACCAGGCCAGAGGGAGAGAUUGGCAAAUACAAAUCAAUCUCCCAUCACCACAGAGGAGAGGUCCAAUUCCUGGGGAGGUACAAGUUGCUGAGGUACUCGAAAGAGAGGCAGCAUCUGGACGGCUUGAACAAUCUUCAUUACUCUCCAGAAAUCUCUCUGAGCAGCUUGUAUAAAAACAUCACAGUGAAUCUGAGUCCCGAGCUUGCCCCCAUAACAGAGUACUGACAGGCUCCGCCCACCUGGGGGUCAGGGUGGAGGAAAACGUGAUGUAUCGAUGCCAAAUGCCCUUAAAAACAGGAGUGAGGGCUGCAAAGGCUUGUCUAAUGCACAGUUAAUUGCGUUGUGUGUGUGUGUGUGUGUGUGUGUGUGUGUGUGUGUGUGUGUGUGUGUGUGUGUGUGUGUGUGUGUGUGUGUGUGUGUUAGAUCAAUGGAUCAUAUCAGUGAAGGUGUGUAGCGUGACUGCCUACGUUUAACUGCAUGUUCCUGUGUCCAUGCUGGCUUUAGCGAAUCGCAACACAUAAAAAAAUAAAAUAAAACAGUUGGGGAGUGCCAGCGUCAACAAAUCAGAUGUUUACUGCAAGGCCUUAAUUAAAUUUUAUAGGCUAUCAGACUCUGUAAAUCCACUAAUCUGUGCUUACAUUGUCGAAAGUUUGGUUUUACAUUACAACAGCACUCUUGAUGCCAAUAGACUUCUUUUUUUUCAUGUUCUGUUAGUAUAAUUUUUAUACAUAUCAUUUUUUUAAGACAAAGUUUGUUCAGAAGUCAAUGCAGUUUAAAUGGAUGUAUUUUAAAUCUUAAAUUCAGCUUAAGUAACAUGUUGUCAUCUUAUAUUGAGAGAUACAUUUCACUCCAGUGGUGUGUUUUUAUUUCAAUCCCAUGGCCAUACAGAAGGCUGUAACAAGUGCAUGCAAGACCCAGACUCCCCUAUAAAUAACUGGCUUUUUUAAAAAAAACUGUUUUUUUUCCCCCCUAAUAACGCCUUUGAUUCCAAUGGAAGCACUCUUCCUUUUGGCAGCUAUUUUGACCUGUUAAUUUUAUUAAUUUUUUUUUAUUUAUACAUUUUUUUCUUUAAGGGUGUGGGAUAUAUUUUGAUUGAUGGACACAAUAUCAGCAAUGACAGUUAGAAUGCAGGAAAGCAAUUCAGAGACAUACAGAAAUCAGUACCAGCUGCCUUCAUUUAUUUUGGUUACAUGAUUUUUUUGUCUUUAAAAGAACUUUUGUUUUAGUGAUGUUGAAAAGAAAAAAAAGUGAUGUUGAAAAAAAAAAAAACAUAUUCGGUCAUUAUUUAAUCAUACCGUUCCAAACUCCUAUGACUUAUGUUGAACACAUGAUAUAUAUUGAAGUAUGUUCAGUUUGCUUACUUCCAUACUCAGUUCACUUUAAAAACUCUCUUUAAAGCUUAAAAAAACACCCACAAGUGUAAUUAAAGUAGUUUACGCAGUUGUUUCAUAUUUCAGUUCUUCUGAAAACAUAGUCACUUUGUACGAUUAACAGACCAACAUUUGUUGUAAUUAAUAAACUCUGUAAAUCACAUAAUGGUGACAUUUCAAUAACAUCAAACUUCAUUGGUGGUUUUGUCAUGACAUGAUGUUGGUCACUAGACGUGCAAGAACCAAUGAGGUUUGAAGUUAUUGACAUGUUGCCAUAUUGGAUUCGAGCUCGGUUUACAAUUAUUUGUUUUGAUGGUGAUUGACGACUUUAAAUUUCAGGUCUGUUCAUCAUACAAAGGGAUCAUAUGCCUUCAUAAGACCUGGAAUAUUGCACACGAGUCGCAUGGAAUACUUUUGACAAUUUGGGGUGUUUUUAUUUCAACUUUAAAGUGAGUCAAUAUCGACUGCCAUUAUAUUGAAUCCAGAAAAUGGAACAUCUUUUAAAAUAGCUACUUUUGUUUUCCACAGAAGAAAGUCAUACGGGUUUGGAUUAAAAUGAGGGUGAGUAAACGAGGACACUUUUUUUCUGGGCGAACUAUACGUUCAAUGGCAUAAUCAUUCUCUCGUCUAUGUUUUGAAGUGCACUCCGUGGUAGUAGAUGAAAUAAAGAUACGACUGAAAUGAUAACGAGGUGUUUACGAGAGUUUGUCUCCCAGGUCGUUCGCAGAAAGGCAUGAUGAUCAGUCGGGUUCACAGCUGCUAAAGCCAAAAAGCCCUCCGCAGGGUUUGGCUUGUCUAAACCUGUGUGUUUUUGUCUGUCUGUGUAUGUAGCUCUCAGUGUGAAGUACUGGGUGAUAUUGCACUUCGAUCGGAACGCGAGUUGGGCCAAGAUGAGAGAGCGAUGACUGCGUUGCUCUUGAAUGGCAUUUGAAGUACACUUGGGCCAUGACGACUUUAUGCUGUUAAAGUUUUGAGCAUCACAAGCUGUUGGAAAACGACACGUAGACUGUCUUUUUGUUGUUACAUGUUUGCCUUUGUAUAUAAUUUAAAAACAUUUUUUUUUUAGUUUUUGAUGUAUCAUAAGUUGCUUUAAUUUUGUUGAUGUUAAGUUAUUUAUAAAUGUCCUUAAACUGCUGUUUCAUAUCCUUUUUCAUAUUGUGUGUGUGUGUGUGUGUGUGUGUGUGUGUGUGUGUGUGUGUUUGUUUGUUUGUUUGUUUCAGUCCACUCAGAGAAUUACACAUCCGCUCCCCAGGAGCGAGAUUAUGUCAGCAGCAUGGUUUGCGACACUAAUUGGAUUCUUGACACUUGAAGUUGAGACACACUCACAGCUUCAAAUCCUAGCUAGCAAGAUCUGUGAAAAGUGCUUUAAUUCACCUGUUUCAAAGGUUCUUGUAGGGUAUUCUCUUUCUCUGCAUGUCUUUGAGGCGUAGUUAAGCCAUGGCUUCUCUGAUAUUACCUGCUUUUUCUUCUGAGUGGAUGCUCUCUUAGGCCCUAGUGCACACUCUUGAUAACUUUCUUAAUCCAGUCCUGUAUGUACUCUUCAUGUGAUAGCUUCCUCCAGUGCCCAGUCUGUUGUUAACAGUCACUCAUUAAACUGGCAGACUAAAGGCUGGGUCAAAUUGGGCCUGGUUACUAUGGUUACAGAAAUCCAUUUGACCAACCCUGGUGUUGAAUGGAAAAAUCCUGUCUUUUUAGAUAAGUAACUAAAGGAGGAACAAAAGAUAAAAGACUUAAAUGGAGGUUACUGGUGCCAAAGUCUGCUUUUCUUUCACCUCUUGUUCUACAUAAAAGCUUUGACCUCUCUUCCUAAGCUUUGCACGGGGAAGUUUAGCUUUUUACGACAUCAGCUGAAAUCUUAACCUUCUGUCCAGCCACACUGAGUCUGCAAACAGGGUUUUGGUAUGUGUGACGUGAGUGUGUGUAUAUGUUGAAAGUGUAUUGAUCACGUUCAUAUGCGGUCUUGUGUGGAAGGAUAGCUGGAACACAGCGGGAAAAACCCUCGCUUCGCUUUUCCGCUACACAUUGCCUACAAAUGUGCAUAAGCAAAGUACGUUAUAUAGGUGCAAGAUCUUAUAGCUUAUAGUUUGCCGCCAAAGAUAGGAUGUUGACACUGAGCUAUUGAAUUACGCCAUGUGUUUGUGUUAAAGCAAUGGAUGAGAUCCAUUUAUAACCACUUAUGCUUGCUGUUUAAUGUAGAAAUAGAGGUAUUUUGGACCAGGUACAGACUUUCAAAGAGGGGAAAUGUAGUUCUUUACACAAGCUGAUAUAAGCCCAUUUAGUUUCCAGUAUGCUCAAGUAAAAAAAGUAUCAUUGCAUUGUGCACUAACUUUUCUUACACCCCAAUAGAGCAUCUGAUUGGUCUGUCAUGACUUGUUUUAGAGCUUUAGUUCACCCAAAAAUGAAAAUUCUGUCAUUUACACGCCCUCAUGUUCCAAUAUGACUUUCUUCUAUGGAACACAAAAGAAAAAGAGAUAUUGGGCAGAAUGUUAGGAACUGACCGCCUCAGUCCCCAUUUUCUUUCAUUGAAUGGGAAGAAGAGCUAUAUAAUUUUUUUUUCAUAAUUGAUCCUCUUGGGUUUCAUGAAAGGGUUUUGAACGGCAUGAGAGUAAUUGACAGAAUUUUCAUUUUUGGGUGAACUAUCGCUUUAAUCAUUAGCUUUUUGCGCAUUGGAAAAAUGUUGCGCCUUUUUUUUUUUUUGUUGGGUUGCACAGAAGGGGACUAAAAGUUACACGAACUGUUCUUAAACUGCGGUGGGUUGCAGUAUAUGAAUAUUGAAUGUCACAUUGAUUCUUCUGCUGUUGUCAUGCCCCAUUCCCCAGAUUUAAAGAACUGGCUGAUGCCAACUGUGUUUCCUGUGUAAAUUCAUCAGUGAGACUGCUCUGGUGUGAUUGAUAACGUUUUGAUCUGGUGGUUAGUUGUAGCUUUUGAGGAAGCUUUUGUUCAAUGCUGUUGUCUGUCUGCUGGUUUAGAGUCAUCUCAUUUCAGUUCCCACCCCUAACUUAUCAUCUCAUAUCUGCCCCAUCCUGUCCAGCUGUCUUUUGAAAAUAUCCAGAAACAAUAGAGAAUUUAAAAAAAAGGAUUUAUUAUUCGUCAUUACAAAUCUGUAAAGUAGAGUGUUAAAUUUUUGCAGUAUUCAUAUUUGUGCCUUGAGUUUUAUUAUUAUUAUUAUAAUUUUUUUUUAAAACACUUUCAUUUUCACAUUGUUUGUUGAGAUGUGCAGUGGGGUGCGUGUGGAUGAAGUUUCGAAAUAAAAGGGGUGCACAUUUACAUUUACUUUUUAUUCAGAGUUUUUAAUUUGAAUCUGGAGCUAUGUCCAUAAACCUGAAAUGUCUCAUUGAUUUGAAACUGAAAAACAUUAGGACCUUCUCCUCUGUUUGCGUUUUUCUGUUCCUGAGGGUCCACUUUAACUGUUAGACAAGUGUAAGAAGCAGAAUCUCUUGAUGGCAUCUGCUUUGACAUGUACAAUCCUGGUUCCAGAUUUCCUUUUCUUUUGUUGUACUGGUCCAUUCACUGUGUGACGCUCUGUAAUGAUCAUUAAAAGACUUUAUAGUUGAAAACUUACA